AUGGCUUCGCGUGUCAACAUUUGCUCUGUGAAUAUUUUGGACAAUCCUUCCACGUUCACUGCUCAGUUUAAACUUGAAAUCACAUUCGAAGUUUUCGAAUAUCUACCUCAUGAUCUCGAAUGGGAACUCGUUUACGUUGGCUCGGCAAAGUCUAGUUCCUAUGAUCAAGUGCUCGAUUCUGCCCUUGUUGGUCCAGUCCCAGAAGGCAGGCAUAAAUUUGUCUUCGCUGUAAGUGAAACACCAUCAGUUAAUCGUUUACAUAUAAUUUUUGAAAUUUUAAGGUGGACGCUCCGGAUCCAUCGAAAAUCCCUGUGCAGGACCUCGUCGGAGUUCAUCAACUUGGGUUGGUUCGUUUCCAACGAUUACGAAGAUCCUGAGCUGAAGGAAAAUCCUCCGGCAAAACCGUUGAUCGAGAAACUUACACGUACGGUUAAAACUGACGAUCUUCGCGUAACAUCGUUCCCAAUAAAGUGGGAUGAGAAUCAACCCGACGAGUACCCUCCAGAGCCCGAUCAGGAAGAAUUUGAUGAAGCAGACCUCAUCCCAGUCGAGGAUCCUGUGGAAGACGAAGAGAGGAUAGAAGACGAGGUCAGUGAAAAUGAAGAGGCGCAGACUGAGGACGUGGACGGUCACGAAGUUUAG